AUCAAUGCGGCGAUUGAGAACUGGACUUUGAAUGCCAAACAGAGUCGCGCUUUUCGUAUCAUUGCAGAACAUUUGUUAAAACCCAGUGGAAAGCCCCUUCACAUGUUUUUAGGUGGGCCGGGCGGUACGGGCAAAUUGCAUGUCAUUAGUGCACUGCAUGACUUCUUU